UCCAGCGUUGUGUUCCGCCGCUUUGCUGGCUCUACCGUUACAGCGCUGAUUUAAACAUAAUUUCGUAACGUGUCUGGUUGUGAGCCCCCCCCCCCCCCCCCCAAAAAAAACAGUUUUUCUAUGUAGUCAACGGCCGUGAGGACCAGCUGUCUGUCCCGGUGUGAGACCAGACAACAUGGACUGGACCGUGAGCAGUCGGGCCCUGUUGUGGAGCUUUUUGUUUUCGUUGCUUUGCUGCGCCGGUCUCCCACAAAAGGGGUUCUGCAGCGCCAGCACAGUUUCCCUCCCUGAAAGCCUGCUCUUUGUGUCCACGCUGGACGGAAACCUGCACGCUGUCAGCAAGAAAUCCGGCUCCAUCAAAUGGACUCUGAAGGAAGAUCCAGUUCUUCAGGUCCCCACACAUGUGGCCGAACCAGCCUUUCUGCCGGACCCCAACGAUGGCAGCCUGUACUCUCUGGGAGGAAAGAACAAGGAAGGCCUCACAAAAUUACCGUUCACUAUCCCCGAGUUGGUCCAAGCAUCUCCCUGCCGCAGCUCUGAUGGUGUCCUUUACAUGGGUAAGAAGCAGGACCUGUGGUAUGUGGUGGACCUGUUGACUGGAGAGAAGCAGCAGACUCUGACUUCCUCCUUUGCUGAGAUGCUGUGUCCGUCUUCAUCUCUUCUCUAUCUGGGACGCACAGAGUACACCAUCACCAUGUAUGACACCAAGAGCAGAGAGUUGCGCUGGAAUGCCACCUAUUCCGACUACGCCUCCACCCUUCCUGAUGAUGAAACCAAAUACAAGGUGGCUCAUUUUGUGUCCAACAGUGACGGCCUCGUGGUGACCGUGGACAGUGAAUCGGGAGACGUCCAGUGGGUGCAGAACUACAGCUCUCCGGUGGUGGCCAUGUAUAUCUGGCAGCGCGAGGGUCUCCGCAAAGUUCCCCACACCAAUGUGGCUGUGGAAACCCUGCGUUACCUCACUUUCAUGUCUGGAGAGGUUGGCCGCAUCACUCAGUGGAAAUACCCGUUCCCCAAAGAGACUAAGCCCAAGAACAAGUUCAUGGCCACUUUGUAUGUGGGUAAAUACUCCACCAGUCUAUAUGCCUCUUCUUCCCUGGUGCACGAUGGAGUCACUGUUGUGCCUCGUGGCAGCACCUUCCCCAUGCUGGAGGGUCCUGACAGCCAGGAGACAGACGACAAGGAGUGCGUCAUCACACCCAGCGUCAAGUUCAACGCUGCGCUCCGGGAGCGAAACCGCAUCAACUUCAUGAACUACCUGCUCCUCAUAGGUCAUCAUGAGACGCCUCCUGAAGCGCACAACAAGAUCCUCGAGAAGUUUCCAGACAGCUUCCCUCGCAAUCAAGGCAACGUCAUCCCACCUACGACUGACAAGAAAGUUGAGGAGAAGGUGAAUGAUAGUGGUAUGGAUGACGGGCCCCCUUCUCCUCUGCCUGAAACAUCUAUCCAAGAACCUGGGACCAGUGGUCGCACUGUGCGCCCAGAGGCCCCGGUGGACUCCAUGCUCAAAGACAUGGCCACCAUCAUCUUCUCCACUUUCCUCCUGGCUGGCUGGGUGGCCUUUGUGAUUACCUACCCCAAAAGUGUUCACAAGCAGCAGCAGCUGCAGCACCAGGAGUUCCAGAGACAGAUGGAGGAGAAGUUGGAGCUGCUCCAGAGACAGCAGCCGUUCUCCGCUGCAGACGUGACCCUGGGCUUGGCCCCAGACAGCGACUAUCUGGAGGUGGCCCACGCUCGCUCCGAAUGCUCGGACCACAGCAGCCCCAACGUCACCCCUCGCGCCUCCAACCACUCCAACCUGUCUGUGUCUGAGCUGGGGAGCUCAGCCAAUGAGCACGAAGAUGGAGAGGAGGACUCUAAUAUUGUCAGAGUGGGCAACAUAACUUUCCGCCCCAAAGAGGUCUUGGGUCAUGGUGCUGAGGGCACCAUUGUGUACAAGGGUCAGUUUGACAACCGUGCAGUGGCAGUUAAGAGAAUUCUCCCAGAGUGCUUCAGCUUUGCAGACCGGGAAGUGCAGCUGCUGAGGGAGUCCGACGAGCACCCAAAUGUCAUCCGCUACUUCUGCACGGAGAGAGACCGCCAGUUCCAGUACAUUGCAAUUGAGCUGUGUGCUGCCUCACUUCAGGAUUAUGUGCAGAGGAAGGAUUUUGACCGUCAUGGUCUGGAGCCAGUUAUGCUUCUCCAGCAGACCACGUCAGGACUGGCCCAUCUGCACUCUCUCAACAUAGUCCACAGAGACCUGAAGCCCCACAACAUCCUGGUGUCCAUGCCCAACGCCCAUGGUCGGGUCCGGGCCAUGAUCUCAGACUUCGGCUUGUGUAAGAAGCUGGCAGUGGGCCGCCACAGUUUCAGUAGAAGGUCUGGGGUGCCGGGCACAGAGGGCUGGAUCGCCCCCGAGGUGCUCAGUGAGGACUGCAAAGACAACCCGACCUGCGCUGUUGAUAUUUUCUCCGCUGGUUGUGUGUUCUACUACGUGGUGUCGGAGGGAAGCCACCCUUUUGGCAAGUCUCUGCAGCGGCAAGCAAACAUCCUACUGGGCACAUACAGCCUCGACCAUCUGCAACCUGACAAACAUGAGGACAUAGUAGCCAGAGCUCUAAUAGAGCAGAUGUUGAGCAUGGAGCCCCAUCGGAGGCCUUCGGCUGAGAGCGUUCUCAAACAACCUUUCUUCUGGAGCCUGGAGAAGGAGCUGCAGUUCUUUCAGGAUGUGAGCGACAGAAUAGAAAAGGAACCGCUGGACGGACCAAUCGUGAGACAGCUGGAGAGAGGAGGGAGGGCUGUGGUCAAGAGUGACUGGAGAGAGCAUAUCACAGUGCCACUGCAGACUGAUCUGCGGAAAUUUCGCUCCUACAAGGGCGGUUCAGUCAGAGACCUGCUGCGUGCAAUGAGAAACAAGAAACAUCAUUACCGAGAGUUGCCUGCCGAGGUGCAGGAGACUCUGGGCUCCAUCCCUGAUGACUUUGUCUCCUACUUCACCUCCCGCUUCCCCCACCUGCUAAUGCACACAUACCUGGCCAUGCGGACCUGUGCAUCAGAGAGGCCAUUCCUGCCUUACUACUCCACUGCAGACCAGCUCGCAAAAACACAGGCCCAGUACACACACCUGGGGCCACACAGACAAAACGAGCCGUGCACUCAACACCUGCCAACGCACACACCGUCCCCCUCCUCACAACCGGGGGACCCCAUACAGUCCUCACAGCCGGUGCAGGUCCCCCACACAACGCCUGCUGAAUCAGCGGCCGCCACUUCACCAGAUGAGCCUGUACCUCCACAUUUGCCAGUUCAGACAGUGCAGCCAGCAGAGCCAGCACAGUCCGCACAGACCGACUUGCACGGUCAAACAUUGAACCCCACAUUGGCCUCAGAAUCGCCUACAGAUCCUCUCGUGCAAAGAGAAUCCGGCCAGUCUGAGAUGCCCCCGCCGCCAGGUCCUCCUACACUGGAUAAUGAACCGAACCAGAGUCGGGUGGACAAAGCACAGUUGGGAGCAUCGCUUUCGGGAGUGGACACCAAGUGGGAGUUGCUUGCUGCACCGUGAGCUGGUGAGGACCAGGCCUGCAGUGCCUGGGAUCCGCUGCUGGACGCAGCAGCUGCACCCUAAAUUAAGUGCCUUCUGCUCACCCGAGUAAAAUCGUUCCCAAACAGAACCGUCCACGGGUCCGUCUCUGCUUUGAAGAAGUCAGAUAGCCAACAGGGUGCUGUUGGACAAUUAUCUUGUAGCUGGACUGAGCAAAGAGAAUAUUUUAUUUUAUUACAGCAUGUCCAAAAAAAAGUGUUUUGUCCCAAAAACAUCUGGCUUCUAUUGUGGGGGGGGGGUGUCUGUAUGUUGUUUUGGGUGGUUUUAUAGUGCAAUGUUGUAUAUCUGAGUGA